AGCAGGCAGGCAGGCUAAGCCAGCAACAAGUGCGCAGGCAGGGAGGCAGGCGAGGCGAGGCGAGGGAGGGCGAAAGCUGACGUCAGCGAGCGGAGUAUUAUGGUCUGGGCUGUGCUGGCUGCCGCCACUGCCGCCGCCGCCGCCGCCGCCGCCGCUUUUCUGCUGCCAGCGGCCGAGUAAACAUGGAGCUCUCCGCCGUGGGCGAGAGGGUCUUCGCGGCCGAGGCCUUGCUCAAAAGACGCAUCCGGAAAGGUCGUAUGGAAUAUCUGGUGAAAUGGAAAGGCUGGUCUCAGAAGUACAGCACCUGGGAACCAGAGGAAAACAUUCUAGAUGCCCGCCUGCUGGCUGCUUUUGAGGAAAGGGAAAGAGAAAUGGAACUUUAUGGUCCUAAGAAACGUGGCCCCAAACCCAAAACCUUCCUUUUAAAGGCCCAGGCCAAAGCCAAAGCCAAAACAUAUGAAUUCCGUAGUGACUCUGCUAGGGGCCUCCGAGUACCUUAUCCUGGACGAUCUCCCCAGGAACUGGGCUCUACUUCCCGGGCUAGAGAAGGACUGAGACAAAUUCCGCUACCUCCUCAAAGCAGCCCCACCACCUCUGUCCCCAACAUGCCUCGAAUGGAGCCCAUCCAGGAAAACAGGGUUGGGGCAGAGGAAGACCGAUCUGAAGGCGCCUUUAAAAAGCGAGGUCCAAAGCCCAGGAAAGACCUACCUGAAAUGGCAGAGGUUGCCUCAAAGCGGAAAUCAAUGGAGCCUGGUGACAAGAUGGUGGUGGACUACCUAAAAGCCAGAAAAUUGGAAGAGGCAGCAAACUCUGGGACAGCAAAAUUCAGUUCAGGACACAGUGUUAUCCAGUUAGCCAGGAGACGGGAGCCUGAGUUACCCAGUGCUGUUCCCAACCCAAGGGCAGAAGCUGGCAUGAAGCUGGGUGCACCUGAGACUUACCCUCCUAGACUGACCAAGCACAGGGCGGAUUUCCUGGAUUCCAAAGGGCAAAGUGGUUUGGACUUGGGGGCUUCUAAGAUCUUGCACAGCUCUGCGAACCAAGGCAGCUUAUAUCGAGAUGGCCUAGGGACGCAGGCUGGCAGGCCUUCCCUCAUCGCCCGCAUUCCUGUCUCCCGGAUCCUGGGUGACCCAGAAGAGGAACCUUGGAGCCCAUCUCUCAACAAUUUGGAGAAAGUAGUAGUGACUGAUGUGACAUCCAAUUUUUUGACAGUAACCAUCAAGGAGAGCAGCACAGACCAAGGGUUCUUUAAAGAAAAGCGGUGAAUUCCUCCAGAGAAGAAAAGUCAUUGAAAAGCUUUGGAUAGAGGUCGGCUGAAUUGGGAUUUUUUAAAAAAAAAACUUUUAUUUUUAAACUUUUUUGGACAGGCUUGCUUUUCAAAUAUCUGUCCUUAAUUCUGUUCUUUAUCUCUCCCUCCCCACCCCAACCUUGCCACCAAUUUCAGUUUUGUUUGAAAAAAUUAUCUCUAGAGUUAUAUUUUCUAUUAGAUGUAAAUAUGUUAUUUAAAGAAAAAUACAUAUAUAUAUAUCUAUAUACAUACAUAUAAAUAUAUAUAUUUCAACUCUUAAGUUGUUUGUUGCUUUUUUUUAAUUUAAGGCCUUUGAAGAAGGAUAUUAAAACAGAAAAGUGAUGCAUCUCUUGCCUCAACUGCAAGAGCUGGUGUAGAUAAUGAAUGAUCCUGUUAGUCAAUCAUAACACUUUGAUUUAAUUUUUUUCCAAUUAUUUCUCCUUCCUUCCCACAAAUAUGAUGUUGACUGAAAAUAUGGAGAUAUUAUAUUCAUCUGGGGACUGAAAAAGCUCCAGGGUUUUUUUUUUAAUUGCUAUACUAUAAGGUGUUGCUUUGUACAAUCAAGUGUGCUGUAUACACAACUGUUCUGGCUGGACAGCUGAAGUAAGCACUUGACUUUACAGUAUUGUCUUGCUUUGUUUUGCUCCAGUUGAAAAAAAAAGUUGUUGUUCUAAAAAGUGUCCAUUAAAAACAGUUGAAAUAUGUUUUAGCAAAGAA